CAGUCAAUCUAUUUAUCUUGCCUUUUUGUGUUCCUGAAGUUUCUCCUUCCAUUCCAUCAAACAGCAAACGUGUGAGAAAAUCUAAGCAAAAACCAUGGCUGCCACACUCAGCCUCCUCAAACUUCCAAUCUUGCCCUCAAAACAGCACCAAACCAAACCCAAACUCUCAAUUCCCAGCAAGCAUUCAGUUACUCUUCUCCCACAAAAGCUCCUCCUCAACGAGACCAUUGACCAACUCAGAUCAGCUUCUCUUCCUCUAACAGCACUUACAUUGCCUUUCUUUCUCGAUGCCAAGGAUGCAUUUGCAGUGGGUGGAGAGUUUGGGAUAUUUGAGGGAAGAACUAUUGCUCUGAUUCAUCCUACUGUGAUGACUGGUUUGUUUGUAUACACUUUAUAUGCGGGUUAUCUUGGAUGGCAAUGGCGGAGAGUUAGGACUAUUCAAAAUGAGAUUAAUGAGCUGAAGAAGCAAGUCAAACCUGUCCCUGUGACCCCUGAAGGCACCCCUGUUCAACCCCCUAAGCCAUCCCCUGUUGAAGCCAGAAUNAUGAAAUUACUUCAGGAACGGAAGGAGCUGAUUAAAGGUUCAUACAAGGAUAAACACUUCAAUGCAGGUUCCAUAUUGCUUGUAUGGGGGGUGUUUGAGUCGAUUGCUGGAGGUGUGAAUACCUGGUUUAGGACUGGGAAGUUAUUUCCAGGGCCUCAUUUAUUUGCCGGGGCAGGGAUUACAAUUCUGUGGGCAGCAGCAGCAGCCCUUGUACCAGCAAUGCAAAAGGGGAAUGAAACAGCAAGAAAUCUGCACAUAGCUUUGAACACAUUAAACGUUAUCCUCUUCAUUUGGCAAAUCCCUACUGGAAUUGACAUUGUCUUCAAAGUAUUCGAAUUUACCAGCUGGCCUUGACUUGUUCGAAGUUUGAAGGUCGAAUUGUCUUCUUUCUUAUGUAAGUAUACGCAAUAGAAGAGAACCUACUUACUGCGGUAUGGUGCAGUGGUUAUACCAGGUGUAAUGGCCCUUUCAAGGAUUUAUCUAGAAAUAAAGAAAAAGAAAAAUAGGUUCAUUUAGAUACAGGUCAAAACUAAUAGUCUAAGCAUGCGUGUAACAAUAAAGCUACUAUGCAUCAAUUUAGAAUUAGCUGGAGUUGACGACAUAAAUAGUUUUUAUCCAUUUCUCUCUGUUCAGGUAUUAGAGUACUUUGGAAUUAUUGGUUUUAGAGGUGCCUCAGCUGCAAUUCAAGAUCCCUUCAGCUUUAUGAACAAACCUUGUGUUGA